GAACUAUCGACAGCGGGCAGUGCUGCCAGAUUGUUGGAGCGCUAGCAACAGAAAUAACAAAAAUUCAUUUAAUAUUUCUUUAGUCACUUGACAGGGCAACCAGCAUGAGUGCACAGGAAAAGGCCUUCGAACUGCAGCGCCAGGUGCGCCAGAACGCGCGGGAGUACGAGAGCUCCGUGAAGGACUUGUACUCCUGGGAGCAAGACAUCAAAAACAAAGAGAAAGAACUCCAAAAGGCGCCGCAUUCUGCCGCCAAUAAGGAUGUGCCAGUGCGCAGCCAUGUCAAGUCAGAGAAGUCGCGGAAGGACAGCCCCUCAUCCUCGGCGGCCAGCUCACCCACGGAGAAACAGGACUUGCCAGUGGAUCCUGUGGCCCAGCAGCACAAGAAGGCCAACGACAUCAAGGAUCGUGGAAACACCUACGUCAAGCAGGCGGAGUACGAAAAGGCCAUCAUCACAUACUCCACUGCCAUUGCCGUCUAUCCCCACGAUCCUAUAUACCACAUAAACAGGGCCCUGUGCUACCUAAAACAGGAGUGCUUUGAGCUCUGCGUGGAGGACUGCGAGGCCGCCAUUGCACUGGACAAGCUGUGCGUGAAGGCUUACUACCGGCGAAUGCAGGCCAAUGAGUCCCUGGGCAACAACAUGGAAGCCCUGAAGGACUGCACCACUGUGCUGGCCAUCGAGCCCAAGAACAUCGAGGCCAAGAAAAGCCUGGCCAGGAUCAACGAACGUCUGCGCAAGAUUGCCACCAAAAGUGGGCCAAACUUUACGCCCGAUCGUCCUGGCAUGAUUGACAUCUUGCCAAUCGACAAGCCUGUUUAUAAGCGCUCCAAGAAGGCAAUGCGCCGUGUACCCGUUGUAGACGUGGUAUCCCCUCGUGGUAUUAGCGAUGAUAGCAACAAACUACGCAUUUCGGAUGAGGACAUAGACAAGAUAUUUAAUAGUAAUUGCGGCGCAAUCGAGGAAGUGAAAAGAUCAAAACCACAGCCGAUGCCAGACAAACCAAGUCCACCCAAAGCUGAGGCCAUUGCUGCGUCCUCCAAAGAAGCCAAGAUUACCAAGCAGUCUGCGGUCAAAGUAGCUCCAGUUGUGGUAGCCCCCAAAGAAAUACAGAAGGAUACCACGAAUGUGCCUGAAUCCGACAACGAGACUAAGCCGAGUUCACCCAAAAAGGCGGCUGUCGAGGUCUCCAAGGUUCAGCCUGCAGUUUCUACACCAAAGACCACACAACAAGGCAGCCCAGAAGUCAAGGCGCCAAAAGUCACUACCAUGCAAACUGAAAAAAUCGAACAAACAUCAAGCAACAACGCAAUGCCACCCAGUCCAAUAGAGCGCUCCUUACCGCCUGCACCCACGGGCACCGCACAGUUCCAUGUCACCUGGAAGGAGCUGAGUGGUCCGCAGAAAUACCAAUACUUAAAGUCUAUUGACGUGCCGAAUCUGUGUAAGAUCCUGGGAGCAGGCUUCGAUUCGGACACGUUCGCGGACCUGCUGCGCACCAUUCACGACUACUAUGUACCAAAUAAGGAGCCAACCACGGCGGCUGUGCUGCUGGAGGUCAGCAAAAAUGACGAGUUCACCAUUUUGGCCAUGCUCAUGUCCGCAGAGGAGAAGAAAAUGGUUUCGUCUAUCUUCAACGCCAUCAAGAACUGGCCAAACAAGAAUCCAGCUGUGCUCGACAACCUCUUCAAGGAUUACGGAGUAGCCUAAGCCCUGGAAUGUUUCAAGUUUAAAUGUACUUAUGUUGCUUCAAAUUGUUAGCUCAAAAACCAACACUAAACACUAAACACUAAAAUACAACGAGGAUGUGUAGAUAGGAUCCCAAUACGUUACGCAGAA